AUGGCAACCGGAAAUUUAAUAUUCUACCAUAAUAAAAAAGAUGUGAUAGAAGCAGUAUCCCAUCCUGCUACUAUCGCUGAGCGGACGCGUUGCCGCAGGCAGUUGGACCAUUCUCUUCCCACACCUGAGGACCUGAAGGAACGUCACAUACGACACGAGCGGAUGCCUCUAGAAGAAGAAUCGAAGCCUCUCUAUCUCACACCUUACGAAGCCACAAUCGAGAAUACGAAUAACCAACGCCUGGUCAACUGGUAUCCAAAGUUAGAAGCCGAUGAUGAUCACUAUUCAUGUGCGAGUUUUCUCACGUGGUAUUUGAGGGAAUAUUUUCUGUCCUACAACUUACCAAAGGGGGAUCUCAUCCCUUCAGGUUCACGUUAUCGAGGUUUGGAAUUACUUGGAUUCGGUAUGCUUUCAACUGUGUCAGGUUCGCCAGAAGAGUCCUGGCAGGUGGAAACAGCGUGGGAUACACGCCAGCGAGGUCAUCCUCACAUGAAGGUCCUGAUUGCUAGUGGUGUAUGCCCGGACGACAAACUAUCAAAAGCAGAGGUUGCAGUUAUCCACGAUGUGAUGCAUAGGCGGCUGAGAACAAUGCACCUUUGUAACCACAAGGUUUCUCCGGUUCUUUUAUUCUCCGUGGUGCCUAUGAACCACAUCCGAGUAAUAGAGGCGUUCUACGAUGGAAAGGAACUCGUCGUACGUAGUACUAAGAACCAUGACAUUGAGCACCGGGAUUUGGAUCUCAUUAUCCGUCUAUCACGGUGGUGGGUAGGAUAUCCUAGUCAAAAGGACACGAGGGGAUUUGCUCCGGCAGCGCUAGAGGAAAUUCUAGCGGCCCGUGGGCUUGUAUGA